CACGGUCUCUUCGGUUCAAAAUGGUCAACUACAGGACCGCAGUUUUGUGUUCCACCGUCAUCACUCUAUGUUAGCUCUAACGUCAGAGAGUUUGGGUUAAGAAAGAAGCAAUAUAUAUCUCCCUCUGACUCACUGGAAUAAACCGAGCCAACACAUGCAACCCCGCCUCCUCCUCCUCCUCCACCUCCAUCUCCUUCUGUAGCUGGAAGAAUUGUGACGGCAUUUGGGAAAAGCCAGUGAGAAGAGCUGAGAGGAGCUGCAGUGUGUAUUGGCCACUGCGGUGCUUCAGAAUGGCGGAGGGGGGCGGCAGGUGCAGUGGAUCUGGGAUACUGAACGGGGACCGCGGGGGAUGGACCGACUAAUCACCCCGCCGCACGUUCUACCAGCAUCAGAACCACGCCGUGACAGAUCUGGACUUUCUAGGCUAUUCUAUCUUCAGGAAAUAUUCAGACUGCAAUGAACUUCACCACUACGAGAUCACAAGCAAGAAGAACUGUCGAAGCAGUUUCUUUUUUCCUCUUCUACAGCAUUGGACAAAGAAUGCUGCAAUCUCCUGAAUGGACAUGAACAAGAGAUACACAGGAUCCGUGUUGCCACGGAGAAGAACGAGGAGCACAUGAAUAGAUGUCGAUUCAAAGAUGAUCCUAUCCAAGAAGUAUUCAACGGGGACCAGGGAUGAUCAAGUGAAAGAGUUGGACCCCUUUACUUUUCUUCCAGGGAACAUGGUCUUCCUGUCUGUCCUUUUUGAAAAGGGCCCCUGUUCUUCUUCUUCUUUGGAAAUAACCAGACUAUUAUAGGAAAACGAUUUGACUUGGGGACAGUUGUGUUAUAUUAUUUCAGAAGAUGGGUUCUUACCCCCUUCGAGAUCACCUGACCUGAUUGGACCAAUCAGAUGUUCGAGGCGCCACCCGACGUCUCUGCCAGGGCAGAACCAGUAACUAUAACAUCUUGAUCCUCUAGAGGGACCUUUUUAAAGUCGCCCCUCUCCCCCCCACUUUUUUUCUGGUGGGGGGGAGGGCAUAGCAGUUAGCCUAUCACAGCUCAGGACUUGUCCCUUCAAUAGCUAGUUAGCCUAUCACAACCAGGUCUGGUUCCUUUUUUAGCCAGUUAGCCUAUCACAGCUCAGGACUGGUCCCUUUGUUAGCUUGUUAGUCUAUCAAAGCUCAGGACUGGUCCCUUUGUUAGCCUAUCACCUGUGAGAUUACUGAGACCAGGACCAGACCAGCAGCAUGGAGACUAGUCAGGGUCACAGCCAGGGCAGCCCAGAGAGCACUAACCGGGCCGUGGAGUACCUCCUGGAGCUCAACAACAUCAUAGAGAGCCAGCAGAAGCUCCUGGACACCCAGAGGCACCGUAUCGAUGAGCUGGAGGUCCAGUUAGACCGACUGGCCCAGGAGAAUAAAGAUCUACGCGUGGACCGCCAGCGACCUUUACCCCCUGAACCCCCACCGCCACCGUGCCCCCCGCCACCAACCGCCAACAAAACUAGCCACACAGCCAUACCCUCCGUACCAGUCCGCCCGGUUCAGACCAAGUCCUAUAGUAGUACCAGAACCAACACUACAGCCAUACCCUCCGUACCAGUCCGCCCAGUUCAGACCAAGUCCUGUAGUAGUACCAGAACCAACACUACAGCCAUACCCUCCGUACCAGUCCGCCCGGUUCAGACCAAGUCCUGUAGUAGUACCAGAACCAACACUACAGCCAUACCCUCCGUACCAGUUCGCCCGGUUCAGACCCAGUCCUUUUAUAGUACCAGUACCAACACUACAGCCAUACCGGCCCCCGCACCCCCGGUACCUGUAUGGGAUAAACACACCCCUCAAACCCCCAAGACCCCCCACCGUACACCCCAAACCCCCGUCACCACCCAGACCCCCCGCACCCCACAGACCCCUAAACGGACACCCCACACACGGCUAACGCGGACCAUCUCGACCGGGACAGGGACCAGCUUCGUGGAGAUGGAGAAGGAGAGAUUGAACAGGAUGGAGAAAGAGAGGACAGCGAGACUUAAUAGUUCCACCUUGGGAAACCCCACCAGCCACCCACACAGCCACAGACAGUCAGGCGGGCUGCCCAACAAUGAAAGGUCAACACCUUAUUCCACCUGUUGCGCUUCUUCUUCUCGUUCCAAUCCUCCUACCACCACCGUCACUACUACUCCUCCUGUUCCUAGUUCUACCUCCUCCCUCCACAGCAGUCUGACAGCUAACAGUCAGUCCAGCUCCACCCACCACCAGUACUGUUGCCCUGCCCGGCUGCUCCUGCCCAAGCCGCCUUGCGCCCUCUCCCCAUCCAGGCACUCCGACCAGGCAAGUGUGGAAGAGACUCCAUGUGGUGACACAGGCAGUUUCUCCGACAGCACCUGUAGCCAGGGGCCCUACCAGAGCAGCUCUGAUCACCGCUACAGCAGUGGCCCCGGCCCACCGGACCCCCGAUCACAACACCACCCCCAGGGCCCCCCGGUGGCCCCCCCCAGUCCUGCCUCACUGGCCUGGGCCCAGAGGACCCGGCACCAGCCUGCCAGCCUGGCGCUCCGAAAGCAGGAGGAGGAGGACAACAAGCGCUGCAAAGCCCUGUCCGACAGCUAUGAGCUCUCCACAGAUCUACAGGACAAGAAGGUGGAGAUGCUUGAGAGGAAGUAUGGCGGUUACUUCCUGAGUCGGCGGGCGGCGCGCACCAUCCAGACGGCGUUCCGUCAGUACCGCAUGAACAAGAACUUUGAGCGUCUGAGAAGCUCCGCCUCCGAGAGCAGGAUGACUCGCCGCAUCAUCCUGUCCAACAUGAGACUGCAGUACUCGUUUGACGAGCGGCAGGGCCAGGGCCAGCCCCAGGGACAGGGCCAUCCCCAGGGACAGGGCCAGCCCCAGGGACAGGGCCAGCCCCAGGGACAGGGGGGACAGCAGUACCCCCACCCUGGAAGGGGGCAGCCCGUGGAUGGAGAGAUGGAGGCUGGGUCUCCUCCACUGGGGGACAUAGAAGAGUACACACACCUGGAUGAGACCUUCUCCAAACAGGUGAAGUCACUGGCCGACUCCAUCGAUGACGUCUUGACCUGUCAGUCUGGUGAAGACCUUCAGGAGGAAGAGGAGGAGGAGGAAGAAGAGGAGGAAGGUGACGGAGGCGAGACAGGGGUGGUGGCGGACGACUUUGGAGAGUGUGUUUGGAGACCGAGGGAGGGAGACAGACAGAGGGGCGGAGGAAGAGGAAGAGGAGGAGAAAGACAGAGCAUGCACGAGGACAGCAUAGCCACAUCCUACAGCGACGUGACACUCUACAUUGACGACCCCUCCUCGCCCUUGUCCCUGGACCGUGGCCCUAGCAGCACCGACACAGAAUACUGGAGCCCUGGAGUAGGUGGCGUUGGGGUGGGGGGGCGCGAAGACAGCCGGGACACAGAGGGAGGGGGCAGCAGUAACAGCCGACGCAGCACCCCCUGUACAGAGUGUAGAGACUACAGCCUAAGAGGAGCUCACCUGCCCCUGCUGACCAUCGAUCCCCCUAGCGACAGCUCUGUUGAUAUGAGUGACCGCUCGGAUAGAGGUUCGAUAGGUAGACUGGUCUACGAGACAGAGCCAGGGGGAGGGAGGUCACCUCACGGCACCAUUAAACACAACCCCCACCCAAACCCCCACCCCAACCCCAACGGGCGCUCUGUCCCCACACACCCCCAGGCCCAAGGCCAGACUCGUACUGUCCUCCCUCACCGCCCCCACCCCUCAGCCAUUCCCUCCCACCUACCCUACCACACCAUCCUACACCACCACCAUCAGAUCCCCCACCAUCCCCAGCACCCCCACCACCCGUACCCCGACACUCCCUCUUCGUCCUCCCAGUCCCCGCAGGGACAACCCCUCACCCCUCUGUCUUCCUCCUCAUCCGCCACACUGCCCCCUGGUGGCCUGGAGCAGGUCUGCUGUUCUGACGGAGACAACGACUCACUCAACUCCACCACCAACUCUAACGACACCAUCAACUGCUCCUCCGGGUCCUCAUCACGCGACAGCCUCCGGGAGCCCCUCCCACCUCUCGGGAAACAGACCUAUCAGAGAGAGAGCAGACAAAGCUGGGAUAGCCCCGCCUUUAACAACGACGUGGUGCAGAGACGACAGUACCGCAUCGGACUCAAUCUGUUCAACAAGAAGCCAGAGAAGGGUAUACAGUACCUGAUAGAGAGAGGCUUCGUAUCGGACACACCGGUAGGCAUCGCCCGCUUCAUCCUGGAGAGGAAAGGACUGAGUAGACAGAUGAUAGGAGAGUUCCUGGGCUGCAGACAGAAACAGUUCAACAAGGACGUACUGGAUUGUGUGGUAGAUGAGUUGGACUUCUCAGGGAUGGAUCUAGAUGAUGCCCUCAGGAAGUUCCAGGCUCAGAUUAAAGUCCAGGGGGAGGCCCAGAAGGUGGAGAGACUGAUAGAGGCUUUCAGUCAGCGGUACUGUGUGUGUAACCCGGUGCUGAUCCGACAGUUCCAGAACCCUGACACCAUCUUCAUUCUGGCUUUUGCCAUCAUCCUCCUCAACACAGACAUGUACUCUCCCAACGUCAAACCAGAGAAGAAGAUGAAGCUGGAGGACUUCAUCAAGAACCUCAGAGGAGUGGAUAACGGUCAGGACAUACCCAGAGACCUGUUAGUAGGGAUCUACCAUCGGAUAGAGAAGUGGGAGCUACGCACCAACGAUGACCACGUAUCUCAAGUACAGGCUGUGGAGAGGGUGGUAGUGGGCAAGAAGCCCGUCCUCUCGCUGCCACACCGCAGAUUGGUGUGUUGCUGCCAGCUGUACGAGGUGCCUGACCCUAACAGAAGCCAGAGGACUGGAGUCCACCAGAGAGAAGUCUUCCUCUUCAACGACCUGCUCGUGAUAACCAAGAUUUUCCAGAAGAGGAAGACCUCUGUGACAUACAGCUUCAGACAGUCCUUCCCCCUGGUCGAGAUGCAGGUUCACAUGUUCCAGAACCAGCACUAUUCCCACGGUAUCCGUCUGACGUCGGCCAACCCCGGCGGGGAGAGGAAGGUUCUGAUCGUGUUUAACGCUCCGAGUCAGCAGGACAGAACACGCUUCACCUCCGACCUGAGAGAGAGCAUCACCGAGGUGACGGAGAUGGAGAAAUACAGGGUGGAGUCGGAGUUAGAGAAGCAGAAAGGGGUGGUGAGACCUGUUGUGGGCGGGGCUAGCGGUGGUGGUCUGGGCGGUGGCUUGAAGGGCGAGGCGGUGAAUGGCACUCUGGGUCGACCCAGUCUGGAUGACAGCUAUGCUUCCGCAGACGGACUCAAACGUACCGCGCUCAGCUCAUCACUGAGAGACCUAUCAGACACAGGGAAGCGGGGCCGCCGAAACAGUGCCGGCUCCUUGGACAGUACAAUGGAAGGCUCCAUCAUUAGCAGUCCCAGGCCUCACCAACACCCAGACAUGGCUGGAGGUGUAAUGCCCCCCGGCUGCUAUGACAUCCAAGACUACCGGCCUCACCGCCCCAUCCUGAGCCCCGGAACGGGGGUGGGGGGUGGGCCGGGGCUAAAUCAUCACACCGCUACUGGGACGACGGCACUGGGUCCCAGCAGCGGAGACCGAGGGGGGACGGGAGCCCUGGGGAGCGGGUCUGGAGGGGGAGGGGGCAGUGGAGGCUCCUUCCUGGGUUCCCUGUUCGGGAGCAAGCGCUCCAACACCAAGCCCCCUGGUCCUCUCCUCCCUCUCCUCCCACCUGGGCUGCCACACUACCCUGCACCUGUCCCCCCGCCCACCACCGGCGGCCCGCCCCCACACUCCCCCUCCUCCCUCACCCACUCCGACGCAGGAGGGCCCUCCAAAAUCCAGGCCCUGCACGCCCAAUAUUGCUACAACAAUACCGCAGGGCAGCAGCCUCCUCCGCCCUACCACCACCACCACCGCUACCACGCCCAGACAGGGCCCGCUCCCAGCCAGCCGUCCUCCACCGUCCAUGGGGCCCCUGGGCCUCAUAUCCUCCACAGGGGCCCCAUGGUAGGGGUCCCCAAGAGGCCGGACCCCGGUCCCGCUCCCUCCCACCCCCAGCUCCAACAGUUGUCCCAGGUUCAGCUGGCCCAGCUGCAGCAGCAUGGUGUACAGUGUGUACAGGGUCACGGGGGUUGCUAUACCAACAUGGGGGUUUCUAUGGGGGUAGGCUGCCCCACUCCACCCCUUUCACCUCACCCCCCUCGCUCCCCGGGGCCCGCACCCCUUACCCUCUACCACACAUACUCCACACACGGUCGGGGAGGAGGAGGAGGCGCCAAGCUCCCUCUUACUCUCUCACACUCGCAACCCCACCCUCACGCCCACACCCACGCCCCUCAUCGUACCGCUCUUACCCACAACCACAGCCCCCAUCCCGGCCUGUCCCUCAGCCCCCAUCCCGGCCUUUCCCACAGCCCCCAUCCCGCUCAACACCCCAAGCACCAGACUCACUUCAUCUUCGCUGCACCGCCGCCUCAGACACCCGUCGCCCGGCACAUCCCCCAGGCCGCCGCCCACGGCCAAUACCACCCUCAAUACCCCCCGCUCUCCUCCAUACCACCUCCCCCUUCACACUCCCCUUUACCCCCCCCUUCCUCCCCCAGUACCCCACUUACCCCUAUCUCCCCUUACACCCACCCCCUCCAGCAGCCCGGCCAGCACCAGGGAGGCCAGCACCAGGGAGGGCAGCAGGGGUCUGGCGGGGGCAACAGCAGCACGGGGACGGGCAGCACCACCAGCUCCAAGUCCAAGCCUAUCAACCGCAUCAGCACGGUGGUGUGAGUGUCAGGAGACGCAACAAACCUCCCAGACACCAGGUGACACCGCUCGUCGGACUGAGGUCGUCAGACCAGGACAACUACAGGUUUAAGAGUGGCCACGCCCAGGUCAUCCAAUAUGGCCGCCGGCGCUCUGGGAGAGGCAGGAGGAGGCGAUACUUGCUCAGGUUGUGUUACUUCCACCUCCGGUUCCCUCACAGAUUCACAUUCAGGUAGAGAGGAAGACAUGAAUGUCAGGUGCAGGUGAUAUACACUUCCUAACUUUUAUACACAAGAGGAAAUUAACCCCCUCUUGGGUCGAGGGCUGACACUGGUCACUGGCCUGAAGUGACAGGCAGGGCUACAUCAUCACGAGACCAUGAGCCUCAUGUCUUCUACACUGACACACUGAAGAGAGAGAGAGAGGAUGACUAUUAGAAGAGGGAGGAAGACACUGACACACAGAAACUCCACCGACCGAUCUGCAUGAAGAUAUUCACAUACAGUACCGAGGAUGUGAUUCUUCUGUGUCUCUGUGGGGGGCCCAUGUUCUGCAUGACCUCAUCAUCAAUGACCUCAUGUUGCCAGAGGAGGAGAAUAUGAUGACAAAGGGUGCCUAACCUGGUGAACCAGGAAGUGGACUGGAAGUGGAUUGGUGAAUCAGGAAGUGACAUGGCCAGUGUCUGCCUUCUUACAUCUUAAAAUCUCCAUGGUGAUGUUGUUGUUGUUGUGUAAUAAAACAGACAUGGGUACUUUCAGUCUGGUUACAUAGACUAGACGUACAAAAGUAAGCGUAUAUCCGGGACACUCAAAAUGAGUAUGAUAUGUUAUGUUUGGUAUGGUUACAUAAGACAGAAGGUUGCAUAAGACAAAAACUAAAUGAGGGUAAUUGGUCAGGUGGAUGGGUGGGCGUAUCUAUAACCUAACCCUAACCCUAACCCUAACCCAGGGUAAUUGGUCAGGUGGAUGGGUGGGCGUAUCUAUAACGCAAACGUGUAGCAACACCAAGGCUGCACGUUCGGAUCUUAUCACGGACAACUUCAUUAUUUUAGCAAAUUAGCAACUUUUCAACUACUUAGCAUGUUAGCUAACCCUAACCUUAACCCUUUUAGCUAACCCUUAACCUUAACCCUUUUAGCUAACCCUUAACCUUAACCCUUUUAGCUAACCCUAACCCUAACCCUUUUAGCUAACCCUUAACCUUAACCCUUUUAGCUAACCCUAACCCUAACCCUUUUAGCUAACCCUUAACCUUAACCCUUUUAGCUAACCCUUAACCUUAACCCUUUUAGCUAACCCUUAACCUUAACCCUUUUAGCUAACCCUAACCCUAACCCUUUUAGCUAACCCUUAACCUUAACCCUUUUAGCUAACCCUAACCUUAACCCUUUUAGCUAACCCUAACCCUUUUAGCUAACCCUUUUAGCUAACCCUAACCUUAACCCUUUUAGCUAACCCUAACCUUAACCCUUUUAGCUAACCCUUUUAGCUAACCCUAACCUUAACCCUUUUAGCUAACCCUUUUAGCUAACCCUAACCUUAACCCUUUUAGCUAACCCUAACCUUAACCAUUUUAGCUAACCCUUAACCUUAACCCUUUUAGCUAACCCUUAACCUUAACCCUUUUAGCUAACCCUAACCCUAACCCUUUUAGCUAACCCUUAACCUUAACCCUUUUAGCUAACCCUAACCUUAACCCUUUUAGCUAACCCUAACCUUAACCCUUUUAGCUAACCCUUUUAGCUAACCCUAACCUUAACCCUUUUAGCUAACCCUAACCCUAACCUUAACCUUAACCCUUUUAGCUAACCCUAACCUUAACCUUAACCCUUUUAGCUAACCCUAAACCUAACCAUUUUAGCUAACCCUAACCUUAACCUUAACCCUUUUAGCUAAUCCUAACCCUUAACCUUAACCUUAAUAAAGGGAAAUGUCAAAAUGGUUCAACUUCAUAUUCAUCAUCUCCAGCACCAUCAACAUAUGAUAAAAUUACGCAUGUCUAUGUUUUGUAGUAAAAAAAGUGUUUCCAAUGGCAUCAUGUGAUUUUUUUUAACCAAUUAUGAGUAGGCAUUGCCUACUAACUGUUAACUGAUUGGUUGAUGAUGUCAUUAGGAACACUUUUCUUCCUCUUUCUUCCUCACGAUUGUUGUAGUGAGGAGACCAAAAGCGCAGCGUGAUGUGAAUACGUACUUAUAACGAGCGACGAAUAAACACGAAGAACACUACACAAACUAACAAAAUAACAAAACGAACGUGACUGCUAUAGACAAGGAGGGCAUACUUGCAACUUCACAAAGACAAUAACCCACAAACCAAACUGGCCAAUGGCAACCUAAAUAGGAUCCCCAAUCAGAGACAACGAUCAACAGCUGCCUCUGAUUGGGAACCAAUCUAGGCCACCAUAGACCUACAUAUGUCUAUACUAGACACACACAGUCUGUUGAUGUUGGGGUGAUGAUGGAGAUGCCCCUUUAACCCUUAGCCUAGCUAACAUUAGCCACCUAGCUAAUUAUUACAUAGGUUGAUGUUGGGGUGGUGAUGGAGAUGUCCCUUUAACCCUAACCCCUAGCCUAGCUAACAUUAGCCACCUUGCUAAAGUUAGCCACAACAAAUAGGAAUUCGCAACAUAUCAUACCUUUAGCAAAUUCUUUACAUAUUGUACAUUUGCAAAUUCACAACAUAUUGUAUGUAUUUUUGCAUAUUCACAAACUAUCAUGCAAAUUGUAAUUUGUAACAUAUCAUACAAAAUGGGUGACGGACAUCCACAAAUUAGUAAAUACCAUACGAAGCGUAACAUAUCAUACUACAUGGAGUGUCUCAGAUUUUACGUACAGAAUAAUACGAAAUACUCUGAGACCAGGUUGGUACUCACACUGGUUGAGAUCAAGAUCACAAGUCGAGUCGAUUGCAGGUGUAUUUUAAACAACUAAUGUUUGGUUACCAACGAAACAAAGUAUGAAGAGAAACGCAACAUGUGCAGAAAGGUGUAAGAAUUUAGACGUUUUUUUUGUAAAGAUAUGAAGGUUUGUAAAGAGUAAGGCUCGAGAAGUUUGUGAAUAUAAAUAUGGCCAGCAGGGUUACUAACACACACACACACACACAUAUAUAUAUAUAUAUAUAUAUAUAUAUAUAUAUAUAUAUAUAUAUAUAUAUAUAUAUAUAAAUAUAUAUAUAACAGUGCAUGUGAAACACUAGCAUCAUUCCAGUUACGUACCAAUGUAAACAUUUGAUGGACAGAUUUUUGUUGCCUUCUGUUCCCGCUGCGUUGUUGAA